UGAUAUGAAAUUAUAACACGUAAGAUAAAUAAUUUAAGUGCUCUUGAAUUUCUGCUAACGCGGCGCAAAGGAUAGCGAUGACGUGCAAAAAAUAGUAGCAAUCUUUAAAAUAUUCAUACGUACAAGAGGACACUUAUCAGUCUUUCAGUUGUAAACCAUUUCACUGCAGCAAUUCAUUGACACAUCAGUUGUUUUGUCAAGAAGUUGAAUUCAAAAUUUUUGGUAUGAAUAACGAAAUAAAAAUGCUUAGGAGUAGUGAGAAAUUUUUGGAGCUUUGUAAAGGUUUGAAAUUGCCUCUGAAUGGUGAUAUUUGCAGCAGUACUGAAGUACUUGUAAAACAUAUUUUUGAAAAAUAUUUCGAAAGUAGAAUUUCAGAAUCCGAUCAACCGCCAUGGCGUGAUCCCACCAACAAUUUGUGUAAAUCACUACACAUUUCAUCUAAUCAGACACGCUAUAUAAAACCCAGUGAAAAUGACGUCUGGAUUUUCGGUUAUGGCUCGCUUAUAUGGAAACCAGACUUUCCAUUUAUCGAUCGAAAACGUGGCUUUAUACGCGGUUACAGAAGAUUAUUUUACCAAAAUAGCACUGAUCAUCGUGGCACGAAAUUACGCCCGGGUCGUGUUGUAACCCUUUUACCAACUGUUAGUUUGGAUAGUCGAGUUUAUGGCAUAGCUUAUCGUAUUUCGGAAGAACAUCGUGAUGAAGUUUUGGCACAUUUAGACUAUCGUGAAAAGAAUGGCUACGAUCGUUGUGACGUACAAUUUAAUGAAUAUCCUGAAGAUUUGGAUAGUCAUUUUUCAAUAACCAUGUAUAUUGCCACACCGGAUAAUGUAUCGUAUGCAGGGAAUAUUUGGCAAAUACCAGUGAUAGCACAACAAAUAUUCACAGCAGCUGGUCCAAGUGGACCAAAUCGGGAUUAUCUUUUCAAUUUAGCAAAUGCAAUGCGUGAAUUAUUUCCUGGUGAACGUGAUCGACAUUUAUUUGAAUUGGAAGCGGAAGUUAAGCAAUUGAUUGCUGAAUAUGAACCAAAGUUAUUGGAAAAGUCAUUGAAACGUGAAAUCACCGAAAUUAUUGAGACGGGCAAUACUGAUGGUGACGUGCGCGAAACUAUACGAGAUGUAGAACAUUUGCAUCAGGUUUGCACGCACACAGGUUGGCGUGAGGAUUUUCUGGUCAAGGAAUUAGAAAGUCUGAAGGAGCUACUCGACUCACUUCAAAGUAAACAAAGUAUUAGUACUCAAGUUGAAAGCAAAGUUGUAAACUCGUAGGCACUACAAUUAUUCUAUUUUAAAAAUGUGAUAUAAAGCGUUGUUUGAAAUCUAGCACUAUAUUGUAUAAUAUAAAACUUAAUUAUGAACAAUAAAAACAUUCAUACACAAAUAAAACUA